AUUCACUUUCCUGUACAUCAGCGAUUUAAAGAGGAAAACGCUGGGCUCCAAGCCAGAGAACCACGGCACCGGAGACAAGGGCUCAGACGUGUUGUGGCUUCUUGAUGCACACGGCUGGCGGUCUGGCAGAAAUCACACCCACGGGGCGGCUCCAGCUGGGUAUAUAACUCGCUGCCUUGAAGCCAGGGGCUGUCUGCUCCGCUGGCUGGAGGCUGAGCUGGGCCGUCCCGACCCAGAGCUUCUGUGGGGCAGGAUGAUGGGGGGGCUCUGCUCCCAGCUGGCCGCGCUGCUGCUGCUCGUGCUGCCAUCCUCACCACAUGGUGCAGAGGAGAGUCAAGACCAGACAGUGUUCAGCCGUAUCAUAGGGGGGCAGGAUGCACAGGAGGGUCGAUGGCCCUGGCAAGUCAGUGUGCAAAAAUAUAAUGAUAUAAAAGAUGAAUAUCACCACAUCUGUGGAGGAUCCCUCAUCUCAGCCCAGUGGGUGGUGUCAGCCGCUCACUGCUUCAAUCCCCCCGUGCCCUAUUCCAAGUACCGUUUGGUGCUGGGGGCGCACCAGCUCCUCAAGCCCUCCCCGAAUCAGGUCCUGGCCAACGUGCAGAAGAUCAUCCCCCACCCCCGUUACAAUAGGACGAGCUUCGUUGCUGACAUCGCCUUGGUGAGGAUGAAGAAGCCAGUGAAAUCCACUAAGUUCAUCCGGCCCAUCUCACUGCCGGGGGCCUCCCGUCAGUUCCCUGAGGAGAAGAAGUGUUGGGUCACCGGCUGGGGACGGGUUGAAAUGACCAAGCAUCUCCCAGAACCCAAGACCCUGCAGCAGCUGGAGGUUCCCAUCAUCAGUACAGCAGACUGCAACAAGCGUUACAACAAACUGAAACCAAACUCAUCUCUGGGUCCAGAGGCAGUCAAACCCAGCAUGAUCUGCGCCGGGUACAUGGACUUGGACAGCCCCAGGGGAUUCUGCAAAGGCGACUCUGGGGGGCCUCUGGCCUGUAAGCAGGACGGCACCUGGUACCUGGCUGGAGUCGUGAGCUGGUUUAGGAUCAGAAAAGUGAAUGGAAUUGUCUGUUCUGAGCCCAAGUUCCCCGGGGUCUUCACCCGGGUGACAGCCUACGACAGCUGGAUCCAGAAGGAAGUGAACGGUGCGGGCCCUCUGCCAGCGCGUCUCCAGCUGCACUGAUACUCGCCACACUCCUCCUCACAGCCCUGUGAGCCACGCACGGACCUGUCCCUGGGGCUGCCAGGCCAACCCCCCUCAGGAUGUCUAUAGACCCCCCCUUUGACACUGGGUGUGGGCCCCGCGUUGCUGGGGUCUGUGGGACGUGGCUGGGAGAGGCUGGUGGAUGGAAGCACAGGGGUGCUAUGGGGAGGUGAGGGCGGGGGGGGGGGUUAUAUCCAGCCCGUCCUACAGCUCUGCAGCGCCCCCUGGGGGUGACUGGGAAGCCAACGGGGACGGGCCCUGCAGCCGCUUUGAUCCCAUGACUUGUGCUCUGAAAAUCAUCAAUAAAUCGGCUUUGCAAA